GCUACACAUGUAGAACACUAACUUCAAAACACCUCAUGAUUUAAACAUCCUACCACACAACAUCAUCAUCAGCCUCAAACUCCAAGCACAAGUUCAUUGAGUUGUAUGUGAGACAGAACAUAAUAUAGCAGAAGGUGCAUAACAAACGCAAAACUGAAGAGAAAGAGAGUAGAAGAACAAACACCACCAAAUAUGGGUGUUGAUUAUUACAAGAUCUUGCAGGUUGAUAAGAACGCCAGCGAUGAUGACUUGAAGAAAGCUUACAGAAAACUUGCUAUGAAAUGGCACCCUGAUAAGAACCCCAACAACAAAAAAGAAGCUGAAGCUAAGUUUAAGCAGAUUUCCGAAGCAUACGAGGUGCUUAGUGAUCCUCAGAAGAGAGCUAUCUAUGAUCAAUACGGAGAAGAGGGCCUGAAGGGUCAGGUUCCUCCUCCUGAUGCUGGUGGUGCUGGAACGACUUACUUCUCCACAGGAGAUAUGCCGGGAUCGUUCCGGUUCAAUCCAAGGAAUGCUGAUGACAUUUUUGCAGAGUUUUUUGGGUUCUCAAGCCCAUUUGGUGGAAUGGGUGGGAGAGGUGGUGGUGGAGGCAUGAGAUCAAGGUUCCGUGGAGGUAUGUUUGGUGAUGAUAUGUUUGCCUCUUUUGGGGAAGGAGGAGGAGUACAUAUGAGUCAAGGUGCACCUCGAAAAGCUCCUCCAAUUGAAAACAAAUUGCCCUGCACUCUCGAGGAGAUAUAUAAAGGGACUACAAAGAAGAUGAAGAUCUCUAGAGAAAUUGCUGAUGCCAGUGGCCAAACCAUGCCGGUGGAGGAGAUCUUAACCAUUAAUGUCAAGCCAGGUUGGAAAAAGGGAACAAAGAUCACCUUCCCUGAAAAGGGCAAUGAACAACCAAAUGUGACACCUGCUGACCUAGUUUUCAUCAUCGAUGAAAAACCGCAUGGUGUCUUCACUCGUGACGGAAAUGACCUUGUGGCCACCCAGAAGAUUUCUCUUGCAGAGGCCUUAACUGGUUAUACAGUGCACCUCACUACCCUGGAUGGUAGAAACUUAACCAUACCAAUCAACAAUGUUAUUCAUCCCAAUUAUGAAGAGGUUGUCCCAAGAGAAGGAAUGCCACUUCCAAAGGAUCCAUCAAAGAAGGGCAACUUAAGGAUAAAGUUCAACAUCAAGUUCCCAACAAGACUCACUGAUGAACAGAAAUCAGGAAUCAGGAAACUCUUGGCUCCCUAACCUUGAGAUUAGAUAUACAUUGAUGAUAAUGAUGUUGUACUUGUCAUAUUUCUCAUGGGAGCUACUUUUAAUGGAUGUGUAAGUUGUUUUUUUUGCAAAGAUCAGAAGAUGUAAGAUAUACCAAUAAAUUUGGUUGUUUCUAUAUGUAUUGUAACUUAGUGAAAACAAUUUUGAUUUGAUUCUUUUGUCUGGUUUA